GUGCAGACCCCUUCAAUUUUUGCUGCUUUCUCACAGGGUUGGAGUUGUCUCACUGUGUCGGGACCAACCCGCUGGGUCCCCCUGGGCCCUGGAGGUCGGGGGGGCCCUGCAAGAUGAAGAGAGUCCGCACGGUCUUCAAACCAGAGCAGCUGGAGCGGCUGGAGCAGGAGUUCCUCAAGCAGCAGUACAUGGUGGGCACGGAGAGGGUGGACCUGGCUGCAACUCUGCAUCUCACAGAGACCCAGGUCAAAGUCUGGUUCCAGAACCGGAGGAUCAAGUGGAGGAAGCAGAGCAUGGAGCAGAAGGCGGCAAAGCUGUCGCAGUUUGGGGUGAUCCAGCCUGCGAGCGCCGACUCCACCGACAGCAAGGACCACGAGGAGGACCCCGUGGACGUGGAGCUUUGAGCAGCCGAGGAGACCAGGCUGCUUUUUGAUGCCUGGGGACUUGUCUGGGCUGCUCUGGUCCAAGUGAGACUGAUCUGAGAGCUGGAGCCACAGGACUGAACUGCAGCUGGCUGGAAGGAACCUCCUGAACUUCUUUGGUUGAAUUUCUUUGGCUGCUGUUUGGUAGCCAAGUGCUGUAAUUCCUGGGUCUUCAUCACUUGGUGGCAGGUGAUCUGUUUGCUCAUGAAGCACCAGGACACACAAACAGUUUCCAGCAGAAAGCCUGGGGUGACAGUCGGGGUGUCUCUGGUGCUGGGGUGAGAUUCAGAGUGACUGAUACUGGGGUGACAAUCAGAGGGCGAUUCUGAUGUUGGGGUGACAAUCUGCUGGUUUCUCUGGUGUGGGGGUGACAAUCAGAGGGUUACUCUGAAGCUCAGAUGACAGUGUCUCUGGUGCUGGGGUGACAAUCAGAGGGUGAUUUUGAGGUGACAAUCAGAGAGUCUGAUACUGGGCAGGCAAUGGGAUCUGUCUCUGAUGGCUCUGAGCACAAGGGCAUUUAAAACCAGGGUCACUCAUGUUAUGUGUGGCUGUGUGCCCUGAUCGCUUCUUCCUCUCGACUCCUAUGUUUGAUGCUCAGGUCAAUCACAACCAGAACGCCCCAAACGGGGAAGCCCUUUGCUGCCACACUGGACUCCUGGAUGCGAGGAGCAGGGUCUGACCCUGCCCUGGAGCAGAAGUGCCUCCUCCCGUCAGUGCCUUGCUGUGUCUGUGCCUUUUCCAUGGCUCCCCAGAGCUGGGUCCAGCCCCGGGCGGUGUGUGUCCCCCGGCACUGCUGUCCUAGCCCAGGGUGUGUGUGCUGCUGCAGGGCUGGAGCUGCAGUAAAAAGCAGCUGCAACAGCUCAGCUGCUGCAGCAGACAGCCCCCUGCCCCGCGGCCAGAUGUGCCACUGUGGCCCAGACAAGGCAGCUGCUCCGUUCUCUCCUCAUUAUCCCCGCAGGUGCCCUGGGACACCGCACCCGGAGCGCUCCCAGCACAUCUGGAGCAGCCAAUGCGGUUAACAGCUGGAUUUUUGGGGGCGGGGAGGGCUUUGGGGGGGCCAGGACUAAGGACUCAGGCUGUCACCUUGCCUUUCUAUGGCUGCCCAUCAGCUCAGGAUAAUUUAUUCCAUCUCUUUCUGACCUAGAACACUGUAUAUCACUUUACUCUUACAUUGUUAUUUAUAGAAAUACCUUUUGUUGUUGUUGUUGCCUUAAUACUUGUCGCUUAUUUAUUUUCUUUGUCUCUUGGUAAAAAUCGAGUUAAUUUUUAAAAGAGAGAUGGAAUGAGUAUAAAAACAAAAAACAGAUGGAAAAAUUUCCAAGUACUCAUAUUUUUCAAUUGAAAUUAGUAGCAAAAACAAAUAAACCAAAUAUAUUUUCA